AUGGCGGACUUAAUGCCUAAAGGCAUUCUCUACCAGUCAACCAAAGCCAACCAUAACUUCAACUACUCCUACUUCUUUAACUUCAACUUCUCCUACUUCUUCAACUUCAUCUUCUCCAACCUUUUUUACUUCUUCAAUUUUAACUUCUCCAACUUCAACUUCUUCAACAACUCCAACUUCUUUAUCUUCCUAACCUUCUUCGACUUCUGCAACUUCUUCAUCUUAGUCAACUUACUUAACUACUUCAACUGCGCCAGCGUAUUCAACUUCUUCAACUUCAUUAACUUCUUUAAGUUCUCCAUCUUACAAAUUCUUCAAAUCUCCGACUUCUUUAUCUUCCUAAACUUCUUCAAUUUAUCCAAUUUCUUCAACUACAAAUUCUCCAGCUAUCAACUUCUUCAACCUUUUCAACUUCUUCAACUUCAACUUUACCAACUUCAAAUUCAACUUCUCCAACUCUAA